AAAAAUUUUUUAUAUAAUUUCUUUAAAAUUAUUUUCGAUUUAAAAAAUAUUAUGUUUAUCAAAUACUAUCCGAUCAUUGUAUUAGCGUUUGUACUAUUACAGGUUGUUUAUGGAUUGAUUAGGAAGAAUGAUAAUUAUGGAAAAUUAGACUGGUACUCUUAUAAGAAAUCCCGCCACAGACGCCAACCAUGCACAUGGGACACCUACGCCUUAUGCGACGGAAAUAGCCAUAGAAGAAUAUCUUAUCCUGGAUGCGAAUUCGUAGAUUGCAGAGUUUCUAACAAACCCAUCAUGAAUUGUGGACAGGGCACACUAUUUAACCAAAAUUUGCAAGUGUGCGAUUGGCCUGAUAAUGUAAAGUGUCUUUGCGUUCCAGCUUAAAACAUUUCAUUAUAAUUAUAUUAUUAUUUACAUUUAUAUCUCGCAAAUUGCAAUUAAUGUGAAAUGAUUAUUAUACCUUUAUAAAAAAAAAGUCUUGCUACUGUCGAA